UUGGAGAUCUCUGGCGUGUAUUUGUUGGGAAGGUUGAUGCGCUUGAUUAUGAGUGCGCGCAUGUGCAUACAUCGCAGCAGCGCGAGACGGAAACCGCAUUUGAACCAGAGAAUGCUUCUCCACGGAGCAUUUCUAUCGAAAAUAGUCUGCCAUCCUAGUGUAAGUGCAGGGUCGCAAUGGACCCCGCCGGACGGGAGUCACGGGACCCCUUGAGAAGCAUUCGUCAUCUCAUCGGUGAGACCCUCUACCGGUUGACAUUGGCACAGAAUCUUCAGACUAACAUACGGUAUGCCCUAUGGAUGAUCACUUUUUCGUGGUGCUUACACACAAGGUCAAGACAUACAGCAAGCUUGAAGAGAUUGUACUUAGCUUCAUAUCGCUCUUGCUGGUUACUACAAGUAUGCUCCGCCGGCACUUGUAAACACAAGUCGAUCACUGCAGGAUCGUCCAUUCGACCAUGUGGCCGUAGACUGCAUACCAGUUAUUGGUACCCAGGCGUCACGGUGAAAAACUCAUCCCCAUAUGUACAAUACCAUGAGAUUUAUGGUGCAACCGCACGAGUAUCGCUUAGGUACUCGAAGUCGACGGGAAGUGGGCGGAUUCACUGCCCAGGGGCAAAGCAUGACUGCAAGUGGGAAGUGGGAGUCAAGUGCGAACCGACCUAUGCCGACCGGCGUCCCAACCGACGUUAUCCCUUCUCUCUCUCCUCGUCGCUUCCUGCUCGCCUCCACCCUUCUACGGAGGCUGUCAUGCCAAAGUAGGAUGUGGUGUCAAGAAUUACAAUAUCCCUGGCGAAGUGCCACUGACCUCCGUGGGCACAGAUGUUGCCGCGUCAUCAAAUGCUUGGCAGCACUCGGGGGCGCCCAGGUACCUAUUGAGUGUACUGUACAUAUACACGUGGUAUAUGGCACCGCUUCCAUGUUGAUUGCCUGAGUCUCUCCGUGUUUUGGCAGACCUGUGUCUGAACCUGAGUUCAUCAGC